AUGUCAACCCUCCACCUCCUCGACCUCCCCACAGAGAUCCUCAACCAUAUACUCACCCCCCUACCCACAUCCUCCCUCCUCCGCUUCUCAGAAACCUCCCGUCACGCCCGCAUCCUCGCCAAUGCCAACCUGCACACCCUCUCCUUGGGAAUCGCGCCCCUCGCCCCUGCCUUUUUCAAGUACCUCGACCCAUCCAUCACCAGUACCAAAAAACCGUACGACAUCUGGCUGCGCAUCCCCCAGGCAAAAAGUUACGAGUACCUGACGUUGCACAACUUCCAGAGCGCGUUGGUGACCAGUAUACUAAAGCGCCAUGGCACCAUGCUGCAGCAUCUCAACAUCAGUGUUUGGGCAUUGGCGUUGCCCAUGGCGAAAGCUAUCACCUCCCUCCGCGCUCUACGCACGUUCUCACUCAGAAUCGAAAGCGGCGUUCGUUACGUACGCGGCAUCCCGCGGUCGCGUAUCGCUAUUGAACGAGAAGAGCAGGGUAAGGCUUGGGAUGUGCUUACUGAGAGUGCGGCUGAGUGGAGUGGGAGACUUACGGUGGUGAGGUUGGAGAAUUGUGAUGUGAGGGCUGAGCAGUUGGCGGUGCUGUUGAAAGAGAGUAGGGGGUGUAAGGAGCUGGGGUUGAACCGGUGUCGGUAUCUGGGGAGGGAGAUGUGGACUUCCCUUGGCGAUUGGGAGGGGAGGGCGAAGUUGAAGAUGUUAGAUGUAGCGGAGUGUGGGGGGUUACUUGGGGAUGAGGCGACAGAGGUAGUGGGGAGGUUGGAUGGGUUGCAGACUCUCAAUCUCUACGACUGUCAAGAGCAGCGACCUGGAGAAUUUGAGCGUCUAAACGAGGAACUCUGGCAUAUCAAAGACUUCACAGCACCGAGACCAGGUGUUUACGGUGAGAACAUGAUCAUUGAGGUGGAUCCGGACUACAUCUUCUGA